CCAGUCGGUCUCUCUAGGGCUAUCAUAUCAUUGCUUGAAUAUUCGGAAUACCCGUCUCCUGCGAUUCCCUUGCAUUGCCAUAUGCUGUCCCGUCGUGCACCCAUCUCUGAAUGCUGAUCAUGUUCUACUCCACGCUCGUCCUUACAGUGUUCUCGACGCUCGCGAUGCAAGUUCUCUCUUCUCCGGUCUUAUUCAUUGCCCACGAGGGCGUAAACCAAGUACCACUUUCCUCUUCAAGCACACGACGGAAAUAUGAGAAUGGGGAGCUACCUCCGGAGGAGAAUACGCCGGGAUGGGUCGAUCCGCGAUUGCUCGGGGGACGGCUGCUCGAUUGGGCAUAUGGCACCCUCGGUGAGCCGCUCAACGUGAUCAUCUCUGGCCUUUCCGACCCGUACAUCCUCACCGAGCCCGGGCUGCACGCCUACGCCAAGUCCAUCGGAUACUCAGAGGAGUGCCUCGGUCUGCACUACGGGGACAUUCACAAUGCGGACCUUGGCGACGGUCUAGGCCGCAAGCCGGAGCAGUUCCUCGCUCGCCAGGACUAUUUUCCAGUCAUGGGGACGUGUUGGGAGAGUGUGCGCGGCGGGCAUCAUUUUAGGGCGUGGCGGCAGAACGGCACACUCGCAGACAGCGGGGCAUGGUUUCUGGGUGCAUCGCUAGAGAAGGAUUCGUCGAAGAACCACCAGAUCGUGCCUAACGGCUACAACGUCGGCCGUGACUUCCUCGUCGAGCAAGCGACGGCAGGAAGUCGUUGGAAAGGCAUGUGGUGGAUGGCAGAUGUAGAAUGGAGGGCUGGACUUUUGCAGAAGGGAAGCCGAGGCGUGAACCAUGAUAUAGAGCAAGACGGAGUUGUCGCCAUCUUAACUGUCAACAGACUGUAGCUCUCCUCUCGCCCAAGCCCUUACGACUGACGACCUACCAUUUGACGACCUGGUGAUCCCACGACUAACCGAAAGUCGGGGCUGAAACCGUACAUGCAUACAUUGCGGAACUUCGUGCGCAAAUAUUUACUUCCUAUUCUUGUUUAUACUUUUUCUUGGGACUCUAGGCCUCUGAUCUUGGCUUACGCAAAUACAAUUGUAUGUAUUCCAUAUCGCAAACCCCACCUGCAUGUACGCAUAGUCCCGUGUAAUGUCUAGCACAUCUAUACUUGUU